UGUAUCACGUGAGCUUCGCGUCCAGCCACUUCUUAAGCUCAGUUUCUUAAUAUUAUCCAUUUCUAAAAUAAACACAUUGGUUGAAUCCCUGUUCUCAAUGGCAUCCAAACAAGCCAAUCGCCAAGCAAUAACUCUCAAGGGUUCCACCUCCCUAGUCACAGAGUUUUUCAAAUAUGCGGUCAACACGAUUCUUUUUCAACGCGAGGUUUAUCCUUCGGAUGAUUUCCACAUGGUGAAGAAAUAUGGACAGACCGUUCUCGUCACUCAGGAUGUUGCUUUGGAGAGUUACCUCGACAAGAUUUUGAAGCAAGUACAGAAAUGGCUUUUGCUGGGAUCUGUGACACAACUAGUCCUUGCAAUCAUUUCAAAAGAUUCGCGAACACCUCUUGAGCGAUGGGUCUUUGAUAUCAAGUUAGUCGAGCUGCCCGUUGAAUCCGGCGAAGCACCACCACCACCGAAACCAGAGGCAGAAAUACAAUCCGAGAUCCGCGCCAUCCUAAAGCAGAUCAUUUCGAUGGUGACAUAUCUGCCGGUGAUCAAUGAGCCAACCGUCUUUAAUAUUCUCGCAUAUACUUCGGAAUCGGCAGAUGUUCCCGCUGGAGAAUGGGUUGAUACAGAUCCUCUUGCUAUCGAAGCUUCGAAGAGCCAGCAGGUGAAGAUGAGAAGCUUCAGCACAGACAUACACCGCAUCGAAGCAAUGGUGGCAUAUCGGUAUGAGGAAUGAUCAUGGACUGAAUUUUUGUAUCACUAUCAGUAAUUUGAAAUUGGCCCAAGUGUGGAACUGCCAGCUAUAAUACGUAGUCCAAAUGUAGUGACUGUUACAUGGAAUGAUGAAUCCUCAGGGGGCAGGGGGCAGCUGCCUUACUGGGGGUUGUCACUACAUAGAUAAGCCGG